GCAACAACCAGGUAGCCAAAAUCAAUAUAAAAAGGUGCUCAUCUCAUGCAUAUCCCUUCUCCUCGUUCCCGGCAUCAUCAUCCAAACUAACUUUCAUCUCUCCCACUAUCAUCUAAUCAACACCCUCCACAUUAUCCCUCCCAGUUCAUUACCCAGAACGUCCACAUCUAUCCAUCAAAAUGACCCCCAAAAUCUCUCCCUCCUCAUACCUCACCCCAGCAUUUGUAUCCCGCUACCACCUCGCCGAGAAACUCACUGGCGUCUUCGUGGCCCCUCUCGUCCAGCACUCUGGUAUCCUGUCUACCCCGAGUAACAAACCUAUGGCUGUCUUCGACAAUGCCUGCGGACUGGGAAUUGUAUCCAGCUAUCUGAACAGCACGCUGCCUGAGGACAUCAAGAGACAUUGGACGCUGACUUGCGGGGAUAUAACGAAGCUGAUGGUGGAGUAUACCAAGUUGCGAAUUGAGAGGGAAGGGUGGGUGAACGCUGAGGCGAAGGUCGUGGAUGCUCAACGUACGGGGCUGCCGGCGGAUAAGUAUACGCAUGUGUUGACGGCUUUUGGUGAGUGGUAUAAUCUAUGUGCUUUUAUGAUGAUACCUGAUGCGAGGGCUGCGAUGAGAGAAUGCUUCCGUAUCCUCCAGUCCGGGGGUGUACUUGCGACUUCGACGUGGAGGACUUCUUCGUGGCUCGUCAUCAUGAAAGAAGCCAUCGAAACCACUCCCUGGAACGUCAAGUUCCCCACCAUGAAAGAGUUCCUGGCCUUGCAUAACGAAGGCUGGGACGACGAGUCUUUCGUGAAAGCUCGGUUCGAAGAGGAAGGGUUCGAAGAUGUGGAAGUCACUGCUGUGCAGAGGGAGACCUCAUUGACUAUAUCCGAAUUCAUGGAGGUCGGUGGAGGAAUGAUCCCCAUUGUGACCGGUGCCUUUUGGACACCCGAGCAGCGGGAGAAGUAUGAGGCGAAGGCACCGGUGGUGAUCAGGGAGUAUCUGGAGGAGAAGUUUGGAGCUGAUGGGGUGAUUAGGAUGGAGCCGGUGGCUGUUCUUGCGGUGGGGAGAAAGCCCUAGUUGAUAAUUGGACCGGAUGAAUUGGGCUGCUGAGAGUAGCUUUGAGGCUGUUAUUGACUCAUCUGUGAGUAUAAAUGGAAAUGGUCUGUUUUACGUGUUUAUCAACUAGUUUGGAAGCA